UGUAACUCAAUAAAACAAACUUCAAAGGUAAAACUUAAAAAAAUGAAUCGCGAUAGGAGGGAUGUAGAGUAUCCGACUGAGUUGGAGUCCCAAUUUAUCCUGAGAUUACCCGAAGAACCAGCAAAAGUUCUGAGGGAUGUCUUAAAAACUGGUGAAAAUCUGAAAAAUCGCUUAACGAUUCAGAUAGAAAACGAUAUGAGACAUGGAGAAGUCAGAUUUGAUCACUGGUUAAUGCACGCUAAAAUUGUAGACCUGCCAACAAUUGUUGAAUCUCUUAAAACAAUAGACAACAAGAGCUUUUAUAAAACGGCCGACUUAUGCCAAAUGAUGAUAUGCAAAGAAGAGGCGGAUCAGACGCCAACAGAGGAAGAAUCUCCUACAAAAAACAAAAAGAAAGAUCCCUAUAAAGUAGACAAAAAAUUUCUUUGGGCUCAUGGAAUUACACCUCCAACAAAAAAUGUAAGGAAACGUAGGUUCAGGAAAACAUUGAAGAAAAAAUAUGUAGAAGCACCGGAAAUAGAAAAGGAAGUUAAAAGAUUACUCAGAGCUGACAAUGAAGCUGUUAGUUUCACAUGGGAAGUUAUCCAGGAGGAUGAUGAGCAACACUCUAAACCAGAAAAACCAUCUUCAAACAAAUCAGAAAGGAAACCUAAAGUGGAACGUAAUGUUAAGAAGGAAGCACCAACUGCAACAGUUACCUCUAACUCUAAUCCCUCAAAUGUAGUUGACAUAUUUGGUGGUGCUGUCAGUGACAGUGAUGGCGAAGAUGAUAAUGCACGGGCUAAUAUGGAGGACAGUCGAAUGUCACCAUAUGACAGUCGCAUGUCUGACAACAGUUCUAUGAUGGGAAUAGGGGAGAUCUCCUCUAAAAGAAAUUCUUUACCUAUUGAAUUUGACUCCCAAAUGUUUAACACCUCCCAAGGGCCAAAAAAGAAAUCCUCUAAGCCGAGAGAUUCAAUGCCCUCUACAUCAGGGUUGAAGAGUACCCUGUCUUCAGAGGAUGAUGGUGACUACCAACGUGACAUGCACAAGGACAGCAUGACCCUUAGGGCUGAACAGCUCAAGGAGGAGCUGGACGAACUCAAACAAAGAAGACAGAGAACCCAGCAUGAGAUAGCAGGCAUGGGGAAUUUGGCAUUGCGGCAAAGAUUCCAAGACAUCUUGCACACGUUAAAUCAGGAUAUAAUGUAUAAAGAAAUGGAGUAUCAGGGAAUAUUGACUCUGCAGAACUCUGAAGAUAUUUAGAUUAAUAUAAUGAUAAAUAAUAGUCUAUAUUGCGAUAAUAUAAAAUCAUUGACAACAGCUACUUAUUAUUGUAAUGAAUAAAAAAAUAAGGUUAAAUUUUUUUGGCUUCAUAAUAUGAUAACUUAAAAAAGGUAUUGUUUUAAUAACAUUAAUCACUGAUUGUUACCAUCUUAUCCUAGUUGAUUCUUCUCUUUAUUAUGUGUAUUAUAUAUUAUAUUAUGUGUUUGAAAUAUACUCAGUACUAAAUU